GAUUCGUCCAGUGAUGACUUAUUUUUACCUUUGUCUGAGAGAAUCCGUGCACUGACCAAAGAAGAUUCCUUCCAAGAUUUUCAGGCUCCAAGUAAACAAAAUAAAGUAUCUGAAACAGAUACUCAUGUUUCAAAUUUAAAAUCUAGGAAAUUAUCAGCUGUAAGAAAAUUAUCUGCAAAAAUGACACAGCUAAAGAAACAUAAGGAAAUUUCACAUUGUGAAAAGAAAGAAAACUAUUCUACACCUGUAGUACAGGAUAAAUGUUUUUCGCAAUUUAAGCUAUCUGAUUCACCGAUAACUCCACUGCCUGACUACAAGAAUAUGGUCACUCCAGAUAUAAAACAAGCUUUGAAAAAUAUUGGUGUUCGAGCUUUACCUCGAAGGAAAGCCGUGGCUUUAUUAUCCCGAGUUUAUGAUGAAACUCAUCCAUGGGCAGAUGAAAAUUGUGUUGGUGGUGUAGAGAAAAGCUCACAUGAUUUGCCAGCUUUACAUCAAACUGUAGCUGUAAAACAAGGCAAGCAAAAUCAUGAAAAGCAUCAAAAUAGAAAACACAGAUUGAUGAUGAAAAUGAUAUCAGAAGAGCCUAGCAGAUCUUUAAGUAACAGCUCAUCCCAAGAAGAUGUUCUUAGUAACCCAUCAAAUUCCAGACUUAAUGAUGAGCUUCACAUAUGUAGUUCACAGCUGAAUGAUGACAACCAGCCAACAUCUAAUGAAGAUAUGAAACUGUUGAAAGAAUAUAUUUUAUCCAAUCAAGAAUUAUACAUAAAGAUUUUAAAUUAUGUGCCAAUAAAUUUGAAUGAUCUACAUGAGCAACUGAAAGAAAAUGGAAUAAAAAUCAACAAUAAGAAGCUUGUGGAUUAUCUCGAUGAACAAUGCAUCGUCUUUACAUACCCCAGAACAGAAGAGUACAAAAAAAAGCAGCAAAUUAGAAGUCAGCGUUUUAGGAAAAGAAAGAUUGCUAAACUCUCUCAACAAGAACAAAAAAAUUCAUCUUGAUACCUUAUCAUUGUUAAGAACUAUUUUUUAUACAUUGGCAUGAAAAUUUCAUUUAUAUGUAUAUAUCUGUACAUAAUAUAGUUUUAAGAUUAAAUAAAUUCUUAUACAUA